AUGACGCACAGGCAGCAGCAACGCAAGAAACGCCUUGAAUGCCCUCUUUGUCAGUUCCAUAACAACGACGAGUAUGGACUCCUGUUACAUAUAGAAGCGUUGCACACAGAAGACUCCCCAUUCGUGGUUAAGGAAGAGUGCAAGAGCGCCAUUAGCGACAGCAUCGGUGGCAGUGGAAAUUUCAAUUCUCUAGACUACGAAUUUAGAAAGGUUGCAGAGAGCGAAGAGACGACAUAUGUCCUUUGCCCUGAAUCCGGGUGCGGGGAGUCUGUGUUGUUGAUGGAGUUACAGACUCACCUUGAUUUCCACGAUGCAGAACAAAUAUCCAUGGAGGAUGUGAGACAUGAGGAGGGGUAUGGAAGCUCAUCCGGAAGCUCGAGCGGGAAUUCUCCAGCGAGUUCAGCCUCGAGUCAUAAAGAGAUGGGAAUUGCAAGGGGUUCUGUGUAUAUGGAGCGGGAAAGUGGGAGUGGUAGUGGUAAAUCGGCAAAGGAGACGAAUGGUGGUAGCAGAAGUAGUAGCGGGACUCGAAAAAGAGAAAAAAAGGAGAGUAGAAGUUUGGUCAUAUCAAGAGAUGGGAAUACGAUAAUAAGGAUAGGGGGAAACAGUUCAGGGAGAGUGAUCAGCGAAGAGAAAGAGAUGAGCGUAGGGAACUCGGAACCUUUUACAAGGCAUCAAUCGCCGAAAAAAGUAUCUUUCCCACCGGGACAGCGCAAAGAUACCGUCUAUACAAGCAACAGUUCAAGCAGUUCGAGGAGACACGAAAAAUCAACAGCAAGAUCAAGUACAGUCAACCCUUACAAUGACAGUAGGGUCAAGCGUUUGGGUAAAUCCGACCUUGGGCCAUACGCCCAUGAACAUCAAAUGCCUGACUGGCUUCGCAAGGAACUUGAAAGGGGCGGCAAAGUCAGCACACACACCAGGAUCGACAGUGCGACUGGUACUAUUGUAAAGGCUGUGUCAGUAUCCAAUGAAACUUCAGAUCUACUUCCUGUAAUUGCGCUUCUGUGUGAGCGUGACCCAAAUGUUGCACGCGCCUGGCUAUGUCAUCCUUGGGUAAAACAUGUGGGAAAGCAAAUCAAGGGAGAAGGUGGAUUCUGUGGGUAUAGGAAUAUUCAGAUGAUGAUCAGCUACAUUCAAGCUGCCUUUCCGAGGGCAAGCCAUCCCUUCGAAGGGGGAAUACCUUCUAUAUUAAGAAUACAAGACUGGAUUGAAGAGGGUUGGGAUAAAGGUAUCAACCCCAGCGCAAGGCUAGAAACUGGUGGUAUUAGAGGCACCAGAAAAUACAUAGGAACAUCAGAGGCUAGUUUCCAAAUCACUAUGGAAUAUCUAAUCUAA